GACUACACUGCCUACACAGACAGAGGGCCUUUGGAUGCUUCGGUCCUUUCUGCUCAAAAAUAUAAAUUUUCUAAGAAAGAUAUUUAUAAAUACGAUGGAUAUAAGUUCAAAGAGACAUCAGAAAGUUUUAUAUUCUCAUUAUCUACAUUAUCUGAUGGAACACAUCCCAUAUUAAGCCGUGUCUGUUAUAAAAAAAUUGCUUUAUGUAUGAACAAAGGACCAUGUUUUGGUUUCCGAGACCUGUGGAUAGAAUAUAGUACACGAGGAUAUGCUGUUGGUAUAAAUAAUCAACACUCUUACGAAAAAAAAAUUAUUGAAGAAAACAUUUUUGAAAUUGAAGAAUAUGAAGUAUUUCAAAUUAGAAGAGCAUCUUUUGCAAUAGGACUGCAAGGUCGAAAAAUUUUGAAUAAAACUUUGAAAUUUUCCGAAUGCAAAAAUGAUGUAAGAUUAGAA